UGACCAUCACAUAUAAUUAAAUAUUACUGUACAGACAGUUCAGUGUAUGUGAACAUUAUUACAUUACAUUACAUUUCUUGUUGGAUAAAUAACCUUAAGGAGUAAGCUAACAAGUGCAUUUUUGUCAUUCCCAUUGAGUCAUUCAGUGCUUACUUACUUACUAAACUUACUUUAAUUAAAUGAAUGGGACCUUGCUAAAUCCUAUAGCUCUACUCCAAAUACUUUUUUAGUAAUUGCUUUUGGAGCUAAUUUGUAAAAUAAUAUUUGGGAUUCUUUUGUGUAUUCUAAGUCUCAAAUUUGCAUUUAGGCUGCAACAGCAAAGUCCUCCAUGUGACUUUGAAUUUUAAAAAACAAAACAAAAAGUAAUUAUAGUAAUUAUAGUAAUUAAAGCCAAGUGAAAUAAAAACUAGAUUACAAGUCGGAUAAAAAGACAAAACAAGAAUAGUAAUGAUAACAAUAUAAUGCAAUUAAUUAAAGACAAGACUAAAAACUAGAUAAAACUGAUUAAAAAAAUUAAUAUCAAAAGGAGAUGCAUCACUCACAAAAACAGAAAAAAAACGUGAAGGAAAUACAGGCAUUCAGUAUAUAAACAAGACAUACAAAGAAAAAACAUCUAAAUCAGCGCUCAAAUGAGGUUAAACUUCGUAUUUUCCGAUAUUUGUGCCGGCACCUGAAUGUAGCAGCAGGCCCUGCCGCCGAGGUCGCACUCGGCUCUUUCCGUAUCCGCCAAACGGCUCGUGCUCCGAUGGUUAAACACCUCAACAGUGGGGGCAGGUGUCCGUCCAGAUGAACCGAAGAAGUUAGUUUUUAUUUAUUUAUUACCAGCUUUUUAAAAACCCACCAUGACAGUGGUGUGGAGUUAUGGGCUCAGCUGCAGUAUUUCACCGCCCACAAACAACAACAACAACAACAACAACACCACGAAGCUAACCUCCUGAUAUGUGCCGUCCUGCCGCGACCCGGGCGGUCUGUCGGUUCCGUACGAGGGCGUCGACGCUUUAUUGUGUUUUAACAUCGUUUACUACCGGUUUCUGAUCUUCCCCUCGAUCGGAAACAACCGCAGCAGCAGCAGCGACGUACCAAGGAGGGGCAUCCAUCCCCCUGGUGUUUAUUACAGCACAGGACGAACCAGGGAGUCGAGUCCGAGACAGACAAGAGCAAACAUGUUCGAGACCAGAGGAAUCCCCUUUAUCCUGCUCGACUUAGCCUGUCUCAUCCUAGGGGGUCUGCCUCUGGCAGCCUUUAACCUGGGUAAGAUCCGCCCUUAUCAGAGGGGCUUUUUCUGUAACGACGAGAGCAUCAAGUACCCUUUUCACCACAGCACAGUCACCUCCACAGUGCUCUACACUGUGGGCUUCACCCUGCCCAUUAGCUGUAUGAUCUUUGGCGAAUGCCUUUCAGUUUACCUAAAGCGCAUCAAAUCCAAGUCCUCUUUCGGCAGCUAUGUUUCCUGUGUUUACAAAGCCGUCGGUACCUUCCUCUUUGGUGCCGCGAUGAGCCAGUCUCUCACCGACAUAGCCAAGUACUCGAUUGGCCGGCUCAGGCCGCACUUCCUCGAUGUGUGCAAACCUGAUUGGAAACUCAUCAACUGCUCAACAGGGGUUUAUAUCGAAAACUUCAGCUGCGAAGGAGACGAAAGAUUGAGCAAUGAGGGCAGGCUGUCCUUCUACUCCGGCCACUCCUCUUUCUCCAUGUACUGCAUGCUGUUCCUGGCUCUCUACCUGCAGGCUCGGCUCCAGGCUGAAUGGGCGAGGCUGCUGCGACCCACAAUCCAGUUUUUCUUGAUUGCUGCCUCAGUGUACACAGGACUGUCGAGAGUGUCUGAUUAUAAACAUCACUGGAGCGAUGUGCUGACUGGACUCCUGCAGGGAGCCCUCAUGGCCAUCCUGGUGGUCUUUUUCGUGUCUGACUUUUUCAAGCCACGCGAAGAUGUCCGUAAAGAGCCCGACAUCCCACACACAACCCUGCAGGAGACCCCAACAAAUGGAAACCACUUUGAGAGUCCCAACUAAGCUAAACCAAGAGGUGGAGUAGGACACCUCUAUUCUGUCCAAACGCACAGCUCUCUAGCCUUUAAUCUUACACAAAUUCUCAUCCAAUACCCUGCAUGGAUACACAGUCGAUGACCAUGCAUCCCAGAAGAAAUUUUUGGAAGCUACACCUCCGGCCUGUUCAGAUAAUAAGACGUUUUUUCAGGCCAUCUUGUCCAUCAAUUCUGCAUCUGGAAGGAAAGCGGUGUCCACACCUUGCAGAUACAGGUUCGGGUCUAGAGAUUCUGCAAGACCGGAACCAUUUUUAGCAUGUAUCCAUCUACUGAGCUGGUGGGAACUCUUUACUGCACGUGCCCACUAAAGGGUCUGACCACUGCUGUGAGAGAGAGAGGAGGGUUGGAAACCUGUGAAUGUAACCUUUGCUUUGUGCUUUUACUGAUCUGGAGUCGGUCCGCUCCAGGAUCUGAUCUAGGGUCAGUUUCAGCUGGACUCAUGCACCCUGAGAGACUGCUGAGUCUCAUCACUUUGCUGCCUUAGGUCCAGUAUAAUUUAAAAGGGCUAAUUAUAAGAGGAAUGUUGCUUCUCGAGGCUAGAGCGUGCUAGAGGCUAAAGCUGACCCUAGAUCAGAGGAUGGUGCUGCGGACUCCAGGUCGCUGCUGUCUCACUCUCCAACUGUCUAAUCUCAUAAUCGAGGAGGAAGCUCGAUUUGCAUCAUGUUUGGUUAGAGAGCUGGAGAGUGGACGGUCAGUUUUAAGUCCCGUGCUGCCUUUGCUGGACUGCUGCUAUCACAGCUCCUUGUGUAUCUAAGAACUAAUAUAAACAAGUGAACAAUGUACUUUUGUAUAAUCUGUAUGUAAAACAACAAAUCACCAUACAGACUUUUAUUGAAAAAAAUAUGUACAAAUGUCUAAAAUAAGAAAAAAAGCCAUUUUACUUAUUAACAUGAACAGAAUUUAACAUGUUUGUAUUAUGUCAUGAGCCGUCAUAUAAAUGAAAGCAUGACUCUACUUUCUCAGCCAGAUAUGUCGAAAUAAUGUCAUUAUGAACCACUUUGCUGAUGUAAACAAAAAUAAAAGCAUGAAUGUUCAAUGUAUUCUGUCCACACAGACAUAUUCACAUAAUGCAUCUCACUGUAGAUAAGCCAACAGUACAAUGGGGUUUCUGUAUUAUGCAGCCAAGCAGAAUAGGUUUGA